AUGGCAUCGUUUCCCAGAGACAUCAAUGCAAGCCCGAACGCUUCACAAAGCCUGAACCUUUCUGGCUCCCCAUCCGCGUCGUUCCAAUCGCACUCGCCAAGUCAUGGAGGCUCCGCGUUCACGAAUCGAACAAUUCCCUUGCCCAACGCAAAGCACUUGAAGCCGUUUGCAACCGAGGACAUCAAGGUUCUUCUUUUGGAAAAUGUGAACCAAACUGGCCGAGAGAUUCUUACAAAGCAAGGCUAUCAAGUGGAGUUCCUGAAGUCUUCCCUCCCCGAAGACCAGCUUAUAGAGAAAAUUCGGGACGUGCAUGUCAUUGGUAUCCGCUCGAAAACGAAACUAACGGCUCGCGUUCUGAAAGAAGCUCGGAACCUCAUAGUGGUGGGCUGUUUCUGUAUUGGAACCAAUCAAGUCGAUCUCCAAUAUGCGGCGGACCACGGCAUUGCGGUUUUCAACUCUCCGUUCAGUAACUCACGGAGUGUUGCAGAGCUGGUCAUUGCCGAGAUCAUUGUUCUUGCUCGUCAGCUUGGCGAUCGCUCCAAUGAGAUGCACAAUGGCACCUGGAACAAAGUCAGCAGUAAAUGCUGGGAGAUUCGUGGAAAAACCCUGGGUAUCAUUGGGUAUGGGCACAUUGGUGCUCAGCUAUCGGUCCUCGCAGAAGCUAUGGGCAUGUCUGUUCUUUUCUACGACGUGGUAAACUUGAUGGCCCUAGGAACUGCCUGCCAAGUGCCUACCUUGGAGAGCUUGCUUUCGCAAUCGGACUUUGUCACAUGCCAUGUCCCCGAGCUCGCAGAGACGAAAAACAUGAUCGGUCAAGCUCAAUUUGAACAAAUGAAAACAGGCAGCUACUUGAUAAACGCUAGCCGUGGGAGUGUUGUCGAUAUCCCGGCAUUAAUCCAAGCAAUGCGUUCUGGUCGUGUCGCUGGCGCUGCACUUGAUGUUUAUCCGAACGAACCUGCCGGUAACGGUGACUACUUCAACAAUGAUCUCAACACUUGGGGGGCUGACCUCCGCGGUCUCAAGAACGUGAUUCUUACCCCUCAUAUUGGCGGUAGUACCGAGGAAGCGCAGCGUGCCAUUGGUGUUGAGGUGGCGGAUGCUUUGGUGAGAUACGUUAACGAAGGCACCACUUUGGGCGCUGUCAAUCUUCCCGAAGUCACUCUUCGUUCUUUGACUAUGGACGAACCGAACCAUGCUCGGGUCGUUUAUAUUCACCAGAACAUCCCCGGUGUUCUACGAAAAGUAAACGAGGUCCUUGGUGAUCAUAACGUUGACAAACAAAUGACGGAUAGUCGCGGUGAUGUCGCCUACCUAAUGGCUGACAUCAGCAAUGUCGAUAACACAACCAUCAAAGAUCUAUACGAAAGGCUAGAGAGCCUCUCCUCGCGCAUUAUGACUCGGAUCUUGUAUUAA